CGCACCUCUCAGCCUCCACCGCCAUGUUCCGCCCCAGCUCCCUCCUCCGCGCCACCCAGGGCAUCGCCGCCUCCUCCUCCGCCACCGCCACCGCCUCCCGCCCACUAUUCGCGGCCACCCGCUCUUUCCACGCGACCUCCAGUGCCCAGCUCGCGACCCCUGUCGAGGCCAAGCCCUCCAAGAUCAAGGAGUUCAAGAUCUACCGAUGGGUGAGUGGGCAAAAGUCAUCGCCGUGGUGUGGGCAAGCAGGCGUGGGGUGGACAGGGCAAUGGCGGCUCUGGUGGAUUCGUUGGACGGUCACUGACAGACAACGUCGUUUAGAACCCGGAUGUGCCGAACGAAAAGCCCAAGCUCCAGAGCUACAAGGUCGACCUCUCUCAAUGUGGUCCUAUGAUGCUCGAUGCUCUGAUCAAGAUCAAGAACGAGCUUGACCCUACCCUCACUUUCCGACGAUCGUGCAGAGAAGGUAUCUGCGGGUCUUGUGCCAUGAACAUUGACGGCGUCAACACUCUUGCGUGCUUGUGCCGGAUUCCCAAGGACACCAAGACGGAGAGCAAGAUCUACCCCCUCCCCCAUAUGUAUGUGGUCAAGGACCUCGUCCCCGAUUUGACUCACUUCUAUAAACAAUACAAGUCGAUCGAGCCGUACCUCAAGAACGACAACCCCCCGGCGAAGGGAGAGUUUUUGCAGACCCAGGAGGACAGGAAGAAGCUGGACGGAAUGUACGAGUGUAUCCUGUGUGCGUGCUGCUCAACAUCUUGUCCUUCUUACUGGUGGAACCAAGAUCAAUAUCUCGGUCCGGCGGUCUUGAUGCAGGCGUACAGAUGGAUGGCCGACUCUCGAGACGCGUACGGUGCCGAACGUAAGGAGAAGAUGCAGAACACAAUGUCGCUUUACCGAUGCCACACUAUCUUCAACUGCUCGCGAACAUGUCCCAAGGGUCUCAACCCCGCUGCUGCGAUCGCCAAGAUGAAGCUCGAGAUGGCCACCAACGAGUAAGAGCUGGACUGUGAGGCUUAGCAUGGAAAAGGCAGGGACCGGUAGUGCAUGAGUCGGCUGUAGUGGAUUUAUACGACGGCUGCGGCCAGUCUGUUUGUAUUUUUUGGUAUUAUGCAUCAGCAGAUACGACCCC